GAUGUCAAAGACACAGCUGUCUCAGCUGUAUAUCGGGAUAUUGGAUACGAAGUGUCGGGGGUAUGACACUGCCCGAAUCCCCUAGGUACGCCGUGAUGUUGCACUGCUGGGAGCUCGAGGCCCACAGCCGACCCAGCUUCUGUCAGCUGGUCGAGCGGAUCGGCACCAUGGUCGACGGCUUCGCACCAAAUGUGUAUAUGGUGAUGCAGGGGCAGGGGUCCCCGCAGCCGGACGAAGUCGCUGGUGCGGCCACACCACCACCGGCCUAUGUGAACUCACCAAGCGGGGGCGAGCCGGACACCAACGAUCCAAGUCCAGUGUAAGCGCCGCCACACGGCGCUCUACCAACCAUGUGAUGCGCGAUCUCUUUGUGAUGAGUGUGUACUGUUCGUUGUGUUUCAGCCCUGGAGCAGAAACUGAGCCGCGUGCUGUGUCCCGAGAAAAAAAAAAGAUUCGUAAAAGAUUUAGUUGUGGACUAUAGUGCAAGUUCCACUACGCAAUUUGGCUGUGUUUGCGGAAGACUCAUAUGUGCUAAGAUUCGGAGCUCAGAUUAUACGUUGUAUCAAAGCCAUGACCAUGAGAAAGUUCGUUUGCGCUCGGAAGCUAUGCGCCGGGCUGAGUAGUAGACGAUGGUCUUCAUGAAAGACAGACUGGCUUUUUUAGUUGCGGAUGUAAGAACAUUUGCUAUGUUAAGUGUAAUGAGCUGACAUGAUUACGCAGUGAGAGCUCAUUAAUUACAUUCAGCUUCAGAAGUCGUGAUUUAAGCUGUUUAUAUUGCUCAUGUUUGUUGUCUGCUGAUCAGUGCGAUGAUAUGACGUACUGAAGGCUGUGCUCGUCGGCCUGUAGACUUGUUUGUGAUAAUCCAGUGUACAAACACGUCUCUUCUUCAAAACCAGCUCAGGUAUGGUAGGUAUAUGGACAUGUAGUUCCAUGUAGUUCAUAUAGUUUCAUGGACAAUGACCUUGCCUAGUUCCGAUAAGGCAACCGGGUAGGUCAAUGUGAUUUUGAUCUCUUGAAACCCUGAGCAGGAUGAGGAAGCGCCAAUAGUGAGAUACUUCUGAUCGAUGGUCGCUGAAUCGGGGUACUGCAUAACUCAAAAGGAGUUCAAAAGUUUCAGUCAGUGAAUGUUCCUUUGUGUGUCAUUUAAAGCAAUGAGAGUUCCUACGUUUUUGUGCCUUUGUGUUUUCGAUGGCAGUUUGUGCUUGUGUCAACCCCGAAACUGUUUGUCAAUACAUAUUGCUUUUUUAC